AUGUCGAACAGACCCGCAAAGCCCGUCUAUUUCUCAAACGGGGAGGUCCUCGAGACCCCCCCAAUCUCUGUGCGGCUCACUCGCUUCGUGGAGAGCAUUUACUUCUUCUUCGGCCUGUACUUCACUAGUCUGCUCGCGCUCGACUCCUACAAAGCCGCUGAGGAAUCUGCAUUCAACAUCAACCGUCCAAGCAACAGAUAUACUACCCGUUCCCGCUGGGGAGGUAGCUCCUCGUAUGGACCUGGAGGAGGUGGAGGUGGAGGAGGUGGUGGCGGCGGUGGUCCGGGAUCAGGUCCGAGGCGUGUGGGACGUGUGGAUGAUGUUCGCGGACCAGAGUGUGGAAGCUGUCGAUAG